AUGGGUUUAGUGCCGACUCCGUUUCGACCAGAGGAUUUGCGUCUUCAUUACCGCAAGAGUUAUCAACCGCUGGAUUUGAACUCUACUCGGCAGUCGUCGCCACAGCGAUUCAGACGCACCAAAUCCAUGGAGCUGUUCCGGACCAAAAAGCGCUUCGGCAAUGGUCCUUCAACGAGAAGCAAAUUUUCAGUUACGAAAAGUUUGAUGAAUCGUCUGUCGAGAUGGAAGAGCUCGGAAAGCCCGACGGUAGAGGUUGCAGAUAUGGAUCUGCAAAAAUAUCGUCAAGGAGCCAGACGGCCGGUAACAUAUUACGAGUCUGAUUACCUGGAACAGUCGAAUCCGGAUGCUACUGGUACUCCCAUUGUGCCGUCGUCGCCCGAGAAGUUCAGACGGUCAUUGGGUGAGUACAACGGCUACAGAGAGUGUAUCCGUCCUUCGCUACCGCAACCACCGCCACCGCCUUAUUCUAAGAUGAAGCCGCCUCAUCACUGGAAUCAGACCGAGUCACAGGAACGUAGACGUCCCAUGUCCACAUCAUCGAUUUUAAUUUCUUCUACUAACUAUAAUACGGAAAGAACAGAUCAAGAAUGGCAAAGACAGGCUGACCGUUUCCGUGGUCAACCGACGGACGGAACGCUCGAUGUCAGGCCAGGGAUUAGAGCUUCGAGAGAGCGGGCUGAUCACAGCCUGCACCGUCGUGAGUCUUAUGCCGCAUCUGCUCACAUGCCAGUAGUUGAGGACAGGGGCUUGCCUCCUGAGGCUGAACGAAGUGAAGCAUUUAGGAAUAAGACUGCCACGGUGUCGCCCAUGAUAAAUGAGAUUAGCUACAGCGUGGUGCAGAAAUCGAGGGCUGACCAACUUGCUUCAUCUGGCAAAAUGUCGACACUCGGCGAAGGCGAUUGUUUCGAAACGAAGCAAGCAGAAGACUUGCCGUUGAGCGAACAAUCUCUCCCUGCCCCUAUACCAGCGGACAAUGAUGGCGACGCCUCAGGAGAAAAGGUUCUGAGAAAAAGCGAGAAGUGGGAACAACAUGGUGCUUACACAGAAAUACUGACAGUUGACGAUGUGACCGGAAAAGUUGGUUCUAAGUUGGUCAACACCUUUUCAACGGUGUAUCCAGAAAGUUCUACGAGUUUACCGUUCAGCUCAACACAUGAUAUACAUUCAGAGAUGCAGCAGUACGAGAAGUCGUACCAGGCCUAUCGAAAGAAGUACAAGGAGAUCAGCUCGCAAGCGAGGCAAGAGAAAUUGAGAUACGCUGACGACGUUGAAGACACAUGGAAGAACAUUUCAUUGGAGAAAAUGCUGAAAGAUAUAGAAUGCGACAAAGACCAUCAGCCCAUCAAAGCAGCCAGCAAGCAUCACCGAAGCUACUCAUCCGUGUCUUUAACAGAAGAGGCGACUAUGACUGAACGCGACACGUCACCGUGCGUGAGAUUCUGCUUGUCGCCUUUGUCGUUGGUGGUUAAUGAAGCGGACGGAAAUCGAUGGUGGUCUUGCAAGAGUCGCUUUAAUGUGUGCAAAAUUCAGGGCAUAAUUAGCUGCUAUCCAUCCGUGCUCGAUCAAAAGCCGCUUUUCUUAGACGUCGUCGUUCUGCGGCUGUCUGAAAGCCUGAAAAGACGUGGGCAUGCCUCGUCGUCGCCGUCGCCGUCGUCGCCACUGCCGCGCUAA